ACUGAUCAAGCAGGAAAUAAUCAGAAAUACUUUUGUCCAGAAUGAACCGUCCAACUGAAGCAGAAAGAUGAAGAACAUGAAAAGAAUCAUCAGUUUUAUGCUUUAUGGUCUGUUUUUGUGCUGCUCGGUUUUCUCUAAUGGUGAUACACAGGUCUCCUGUCAGGUCAACAAGACGUGUAUCUUACCCUGCAGUUUCACAGCUCAUGAUGACGUGGUCAUCCACUGGAUUGAAAAGACUCCACCAGAGUCCCGGGUUCACUCCUACUAUCGCAAACAAGACCGACUGGGAGAGCAGGCCCAGAGGUUCAGAGGAAGAACAUCUCUGUUUGAGGACCAGAUCUCCAGAGGAAACGCUUCCCUGCUGCUGAGAGGAGUGAGGGUUCAGGACCAGGGCAGAUAUCUGUGUGACGUCAGCACCGUCACUGGAAACAAGGAGAACUUCAUCCACCUGAAUGUGAACGCUCCAGUCCAGCACGUCAACAUUGAACAGGUAGAAGAUAAAAUCACCUGCAGCUCAGAGGGGAUCUAUCCUGAACCUGGACUCAUCUGGACCACCAGUCCUCCAUCCAGCGUGAACCUGCAGAAUCCACCAACAGUCCAGGAGACUGACCAGCAGCUUUACAGCAUCAGCAGCUCUCUGGUACCUUCAGACGGAGAUCCUGACCUGGACUACAUCUGCACCGUCAGCACUCCAGCAAACAGCAGGAGAUCCACUUUGCUUCGACCAGCUGUUAUAAGUGGAUCAAACACUCAAAGAAAAAUCUCCUGCUCAACCGCCAAUUAUCCAAUAAGGUAUCUCAUCUGGACAUUUAACCAUAAAGAGAUCAUCCUGACACAGAGGGGACAUAAAGGGUUCUACACACCUUCAGAGAGGUGGGAGCAGCACGUGAUGACGGUAUCAGAGACAGGAAGUCUCACUCUGAAGGAUUUAACUUCAGAUCAGACAGGAACAUACAAAUGUGAACUCAGGGAUGAAGAGGAAACAUACGUGAAAUACACCUUUCUUCACAUACCAAAAGACCAGACCAGAGUUAUUGUAGGAGUGGUGGUGGUUGUGCUGCUGCUGGUGCUGGUUUCUGGAGUCGUUGGUUACAAAUACAGGAAAAGGGUGCAGGAAUACAGGAAAAGGAGGAAAGAAAGGAAGAAGAGGAAAAAAAAAGAAGGAGAAGGGGUUCAACAGAGACUAAUCUCAACUAUGGACCGCAGUGAAGAUCGCAGUCAGCCUCAAACACGUGGCGAUGUGACGUCUGAGGGCCAGGAUGACUCCGGGAGUGACAGCUAUAAUGUAAAAAGUUGGUUGAAGGACACUUUGGAGGAUUUGGACUUCAGUGGGCUGAAGGAAUUCCAGCGGUACCUGAUGAAUGCUGAUGAAUCAAAGGAUGGUUUCAAACCGAUCCCAGUGUGUGAUCUGGAAAAGGCGGACGGAUUGGGCACAGUAAAUCUGAUGAUGCAGAUAUUCUCCUCAAAGACCAGAGAAGUGGCCGAGACGAUUUUAAAGAAGAUGAAAAGAGAUAAAGUUUGUAAAAAGUUGAGGUCUAAGCUGAAGGAGAAGCACCAGCAUGUGUUUGAGGGGAUUAUUAAAGCAGGAAACCCAACCCUUCUGGACCAGAUCUACACAGAGCUCUACAUCACAGAGGGAGGGACUGGAGAGGUCAACGAAGAACAUGAAGUCAGACAGAUUGAAGCAGCUUCCAGGAAACCAGACGGAGCAGAAACAACCAUCAGACAGGAAGACAUCUUUAAACCCCCACCUGGAAGAGGAGGACCAAUCAGAACGGUGAUGACGAAGGGAGUGGCCGGCAUCGGGAAAACAGUCCUAACACAGAAGUUCAGUCUGGACUGGGCUGAAGGCAGAACCAACCAGGACAUCCAGUUCCUGCUUCCAUUCACCUUCAGAGAGCUGAAUGUGCUGAAAGACAGAAAGUUCAGCUUGGUGGAACUUGUUCAUCAAUUCUUCUCUGAAACCAGUGAAAUCUGCAGCUUUGAAGAGUUCCAGGUCGUGUUCAUCUUUGACGGUCUGGAUGAGAGUCGACUUCCUCUGGACUUCCACAACUCUACAAUUGUCAGUGACCCCAGAAGCUCCACCUCAGUGGACGUGCUGCUGACAAACCUCAUCAGGGGGAACCUGCUUCCUUCUGCUCGUCUCUGGAUCACCACACGACCCGCAGCAGCCAAUCAGAUCCCUCCUUACUGUGUUUCCAUGGUGACAGAAGUCAGAGGGUUCACUGACCCACAGAAGGAGGAAUACUUCAGGAAGAGGAUCAGAGAUGAGGAGCAGACCAGCAGGAUCAUCUCCCACAUCAAGACAUCACGGAGCCUCCACAUCAUGUGCCACAUCCCAGUCUUCUGCUGGAUCACUGCUACGGUCCUGGAGACCAGAGAGGGAAGGGGGCUGCCCAAGACCCUGACUGAGAUGUACAUCCACUUCCUGGUGGUCCAGGCCAAACUGAAGAAGGUCAAGUAUGACGGAAGAGCUGAGACGGAUCCACACUGGAGUCCAGAGAGCAGGAAGAUGGUGGAGUCUCUGGGAAAACUGGCUUUUGAGCAGCUGCAGAAAGGAAACCUGAUCUUCUAUGAACCAGACCUGAGAGAGUGUGGCAUCGAUGUCAGAGAGGCUUCAGUGUACUCAGGAGUGUUCACCCAGAUCUUUAGAGAGGAGAGCAGCCUGUACCAGGACCAGGUCUUCUGCUUCAUCCAUCUGAGUGUCCAGGAGUUUCUGGCUGCUCUUCAUGUCCAUCAGACCUUCAUCAAGUCUGGAGUCAACCUGCUGGAGGAACAGAGAAACACCUCCAGGUCGUUUAAAACAAGAGCAGAGACUGACCUCUAUCAGAGUGCUGUGGACAAGGCCUUACAGAGUCCAAACGGACACCUGGACUUGUUCCUCCGUUUCCUCCUGGGUCUUUCAUUGGAGACCAAUCAGAACCUCCUACGAGGUCUGUUGGAACCAAAACAAAGAAGUUCGCGGGACAAUCAGAAAACAGUUAAAUACAUCAAGGAGAAGAUUUAUGAGGAUCUGUUUGCAGAGAGAAGCAUCAACCUGUCCCACUGUCUGAAUGAACUGAACCAUCGGUCUCUGGUGAAGGAUGUCCAACGGUCCCUGAGGUCUGGACAUCUCUCCAGAACUAAACUGUCUCCUGCUCAGUGUUCGGCUCUGGUCUUCAUCUUACUGUCAUCAGAAGAUCUGGAGGUGUUUGACCUGAAGAAAUACUCAGCUUCAGAGAAGGUUCUACGGAGGCUGCUGCCGGUGGUCAAAGCCUCCAAGAAAGCUGUGUUGAGUGGUUGUAACCUCUCAGGGAACAUCUGUCCAGUUCUGUCCUCAGUUCUCAGCUCUCAGUCCUCCAGUCUGACAGAACUGGACCUGAGUAAGAACGACCUGCAGGAUUCAGGACUGGAGCAGCUGUGUCCUGGACUGGAGAGUCCACACUGUAAACUGGAGUCUCUCAGGUUGAGGAGCUGCAGUCUGUCAGGGAUCAGCUGUUCUUCUCUGGGCCCAGCUCUGAAGUCCAACCCCUCCCAUCUGAAACAUCUGGACCUGAGUGAGAACGAGAACCUGGAGGAUUCAGGAGUGAAACAUCUGAGUGGAUUUCUGGAGAGUCCAGACUGCAGACUGGAGACUCUGAGAUUGCAGCACUGCAGGUUGUCAGGGAUCAGCUGUUCUUCUCUGGUCUCAGCUCUGAAGUCCAACCCCUCCCACCUGAAACAUCUGGACCUGAGUGGGAACAACCUGCAGGCUGCAGAUGUGGAGCAGCUUUAUGAUCUGGUGAAGAGUCCAGACUACCAGCUGCAGACUCUCAGUUGGAGAUGAUGAGAGUGUCCAGGACGGACGAAUCGUGUCCUGAUCGUCCCCAGAGUUGAAGCAGCACCAGUUUGUGUGGGCAGACUCUGAUUGGACCAUGAUGAUGAUGAAGAUGAAGAUGAAAAUGGACAUAGUUUCAGCUCAGUUUGUUUCUGUCUUCCAGCGUUUUACAAACUUCUCAAAUAUAUUCAUAUGUAGCGAUGCACCGAAAUUAAAAUUUGUGGCCGAAACUGAAAAUAAUAAUAAACACUUGGCCGAAUACCGAAUAAUACUGAACAAUGGUUCUUUCACAGAUUUUAAUUUAUUUUGGCAAUUUUUUCACCAUUGCAUAAAUAAAAUAAAUGUGCAGUUAAAUACCCGCCAGUCACAAUUUGUCUUACUGUACUUAUUGUAUUUUUUCUCAUAAUCCUUUUUCAUUUUCUCCCAUUCAAAUCCAAUUAAUUGGGUCGCGGCUUUCCCAACUCCAACUCAGCCUGGAUCAUUUCUCGCGUUCUCUGCUUUUUCCCACAUCCAAGUAGUGAUCUGACAUGCUGACAUGUUCAUUGCAUUUAACACUGCCCCCCUCUCACUCCACGCUGUUCGCUGUUUGAUUGCGUUAUCUAAACACGCCGUUAUUAUUGUUCGUUUUUUUCCCCACUUAUUCCACCGAACACCGAAAGUGUUUUUUUGCCAUUUUCGGCCGAACAAUUUAGGGUUACUGAACAUUCGGUGCAUCACUAUUCAUGUAUUUCAGUGGCAGCCGGUGUAGUUUUCUCCAGGGGGCUGUACCAAACUCCAAGAUAGACAUAUACCAAAAAGUAGGAAAAUGAUGUACUAAAGUAUCACUUCUGUAUUUGAAUAGAUGAAAUCAACAUUAUCAUGACAAUCAGGGUUUUAUUUUUUUGUACAUAUAUUUUGUAACAAAUGCAUCAAUUUAAUAGAAUACAGAGAUAUAAAUCAGCUUUACAGUAUAUUAGAGCCAUAUAUGAACAAAGUGAUUAUAUAAUUUAGAUUUUGUAACAUUUGAUUUUACUGUAUGUUGAGUAAUAUGCCGUUUUUAAUAUCAGUCCGCAAGGUUCUUGCUUAAUAUUACUAAUGACUGCAUCUUUCUCAUUGGUUACGUAUGAAUCACAUGAUGUUCGUGUAUUUUGUUUUGUGAAGCUAUGGAAUCGAGGGAGCACACUAGUUUUGACCGUGAUUGCAUGAUAAUAUUAUUUUGUCGUAUAAUCGCACAGUUUUUGUUUUUUGUAAUUCAAAGAAAGGUUUUUCAAUAAACUUUUGAAAUAAGAA